AUGUCUGGACCAUCCGCUGCACCUUUCGAUGCGGCGCGCGUAGAAAAACUUCACCAAGAUCUCGGUAGUGAGAUUAGAAAACUGGGAAACAUGCCCGCCUUGCAGGGGUUUGACGAUCUACAGCGGAGGUUGGAGGAGACCAUAAACGGGGCCGUUGAAAGAGCUGUCACUGCAGCAGUCGAACGAGCUGUUACUGCAGCUGUUGAUCGUGCUGUUACUGCAGCUGUUGAUCGAGCUGUCACCGCGGCAGUUGACCGAGCCGUUGAGCAGGCUUUCGAAAAUUUUAGAAGAGACAAUGAUGCUCGCGAGUCUCUCACAUCUGCAAGGCUGCACAACGCUAGAAUCGAUGACACCGCUUCUCUUUGGUUCCCGUCUGACGUUCUUGACGCCGGAGCCCUUCAUACCCAUAUCCCGAACAAAAUAGCCAUUGACCGUCGAAUUGCAGAAUCGUUCUAA